UCCUAUUGGAAAGUAUUUUCGUGGACGCUGGUGCCCUCCCAUCCGCCUCACACACCAUCCUGUCAAACAGAGGUUACACCAGCUGGGAUUACGCUAGCGAAAAUGUGAUAUUGAACAAAUCCUACAGCCAAUUUUCAGAUUGAGGCAGUUUGUGUGAAUCUGCGAGAUUUGACAGCAGCGAAGGAAGAAGAAGAGGAGCCGUGCGCGCCGGAGCAGCUGCUGUGUUUUCAAGGUUUCCUGUGGAGGUUGUUGGACGGGACAGAGGAGCAUCGACUGAGGUACGUCCGAGAAGACAAGUUACAGUUUAAAAUGUUCACACGUUCUUAUUCUUAUCCUAACACAGAAGGCGAGCGAACAGUAUCGUCCUGAAUAAAGAGUAUCUUGUUGUCAGGCCCAUUUUUGCCCUCAGAUAACCCGGGCUGCCUCCAGAUGGAGGAUGUGUGGGAUGUUUCCAUGCCACGGUUGCAGCGAUAACUCCACAAAUUAUUACGUAAAGCAGCAUGCCAUGUGUUUUUAACCCAGUACGUCCUCGUUUACUAUCAUCCAUCAGGUCCACGGCUUUCCACUUCACCUCCAUCCCUAGAGAUGCUGCCUUGUCUGCGGAGAGCUCUGCGGCCCGCCCUCUCUCUGAGAGCCGGGGCUGGGUUAACCUCAGCCGGACUCAGCAGCCACCAAACUCCCGCUGUAUCAUCGCCGGCCCGGUCCUCCUCAGAGUCGCCCCCCUUCACGCUGCUGCAGCGGUGUCACCUGGGCACACACCCGCUGAAGGAGCCCGUGGAGCCCCUUAACUCGCCCCGGGGAGCCAAGGAGUUUAUUUAUAGCCUUCAUCCGUCUGAACGUACCUGUCUGCUGCGAGAACUGCACAGGUUCGAGUCCAUAGCUAUUGCUCAAGGUAAGUGAUGGUCCACAGAAAUCAUUGUAUGUCUACAUUGCAAGGGGAAUAAGGCUGAAAAUCAAUGAAAACACAAUUCAGGCAUACUCCACAUUGUAGACAUUGUUUUGACAGGCAGAAUGAAGGGUCUUACAUAACAAGAGAUAAUAAAUUAGAGCCCACAAAACUGAUGCAGUAGCUUAGUUUAUUGUUUUAAUCUUGAUGGUAGUGAGCCCCACCAGCUCACAGUUGGAUCGAGUUCUCCUCACUGCACCACUAUAUGAUAAAAGGUUAUUAUCUGCAUACAGUUAAAGGCUGCAGCAUCUAACAAGCUGCAGUGAAAGAAGCAGUCUGUAGUAUCAAUAAGAGUAUUUUGUAGGGCUGGGCCAUAUGGGAAAAAAAUUAUCACUAUAUAUUCUUUUCAUAUCAGUUGAUGUGGAUAUAUAUCCCAAUAUAAAAAAUGAAAUUUAGCUGUGCUUAUUGGUAGCAUGUCUUUUGCAAUACAAUAAGCUACUGCAUCUGUGAGGUCUUUGUGUCUCUUUGACGUUUUGUCGUAAGGCGUUGCGCUCCUUAAGUGCUAUGGUUGCGUGUAGCCUGCUACUACACAGUUGUUUGAAGUGGACCCAGAGAAACUCCCCUUUUCAUUGGCUAUUCGUAUAAUUUACCUAAACAUGGCAGAAUGUCGACUAUCGAAAAGCAUAUUGACCAUGUUUUAUAUCGGUAUUGAGGGAAAUUAAUGUUGGAUAUAUAUCGUUAUCAUUUUAGCAUCCAGCCCUAGUAUUUUGUCACUAGUACCUAGGAUGGCAUUAUACCUCCUACUAUUCAAGACUGGUGUCAUUGCAGUUUUCCAAUAAACACAUAAAAUAGGUAAUUGGACACCGAAAGCUUAGUUCUAUAGUUAGUUGACCCUGACCUCUGACCCCUGACCUCCCUAUGAGCACAGAAUAACAAAGUCCAUUGGCAGUGAUCAAUAAAUAUGUCACUAUGACUGAACUCAUUACUCAAUACUCAAGUGGUACGCAAACUGCAGCAGCAGCAAAUGUUGCGUUUACACCAGUUGAACAGAUAGAGAUUUUUACAUUCUGUUUAAGGUAAAUGUCAGAAGUGUGUAUUUAUGUUGGAUCAGGAUGUUGGAUUUUUGUUAUCGUUGUAGAUGCUGCGGACUUUGUUCUCACCUUUUUCUUCCCAAGACAUGCAUGUCAGGUGAUACUUGCAGCUGUGAAAGUGAGUGCUGUUGCUGUUUCAGUGUGGUAAAAUGGGAAUGUGUCGUUUCUGCAGGUUUGAGCUAAAACUUGUGACUAAAAAAAGGUGCAUCGAAAAUGGUUUGGCAGUUGUUGUUGUCCUGCAAGGAGCAAAACCAGUCAUAUUUUUAACCAACAGGCCCUGCAGUUCAGUUUAUUUUGAACAUGUAUGAUUCCUCCAAGUUAAAAAAAAGCAGCUACUGUAGCAGGCUUUUAGUCUGGUGUUGUCCUUUAGUGUACGAGUAUAGGCCUGAGACCAAUGUCUGGUUUCAAGUGUAGGAUGAGGAGCACAGUGGAUGUCCCACAGAUGGAGAGAAAAGCAGGAAUUGGGUCGAUCGAUGUGGAGAGGGGGUUAGAGGUAGAAAGGGAAGAGAGCCAUGAGUGAUGAAGACAGUUUUCAGAACGCGAGGUUCUCUCCAGGAGUUUACUGCUCCUGUCGCUGACCGUAUUUCUUCACAGCAGUACGAUGAAUACACAAACAAAUUGAUUUUACAAUUUGCUACUUCCUUGUAAAAUGGCUUAUCGCUCGGUAUAAAUCAACAACCUUGAAGCCAUUGAAAAAUAAGUAUUAAUAAAAAAAAACACCUUUAAUGAUAAGAAUAUCUGAUCCAUCAAACUGAGCCCUGGAUUAGUGGAUUGAAGAUUAGUCGCUUUAUCACUGACAGGAGCCUCGUUGUCUCUAGUUUCUCAUUGAUGGAGAAAUGAUGGUCAUCUUGUGGGACAAUUCCCAAAUCUGUCAAUUCCUGUUCUCAGUGCACUGCAUACCAAGAUACUUUAAACCAUGAAUAAUGUUGAAGAUGUUUACAUCAGUUACUGUGUGUAAAAGGCACAUCUGCACUGUUUCCUACUAAUGAACAGACUACGUUUCUUGAUCACCUGUGAGAGGAUUUUUAAUCACAAUCCUGGACCGUCAGUAUCAGCCUCUCCAGUCAGAGAGUGAUUUCUGAUUUCUAUAUUUCCAUAUUUUCAUCAAAACAAUAAUUUAGAGAGGGACUUGUGUUGAAGAUAUUGAUUGGAUAUUUGAGGAGCGAGUGAUGAUAUUAAGUACAAAAACUUGUAAUUAUUUACUCGAGGCGGGCACAGCUUAGUAAAUACGCAGUGUGUUAUUAGAGGGGUCAAUACUGUGAUAACAACAUGAAUCUCAAUGAGAUAAUGCACAUUUAAGUGUGCACAUGAGCUUAAACUCUCUCUUUUGCUGUCUUUUGUAUUUUUUAUGAACAAAUUUGUUUGGAGAAUGUCCUUCUUAAAUCCAAAAAAUACCCCAAAAUUUCACUUUUAACAUUGGCAACAUUCAAUCUAAGCAUAGGGGAUUGCAACAAAAUGCAUGACCAUUUUACUCAAACCUCCAUCUAGUAGUUAAACACACGCACGCUGUGUCUGGAGGCAUACUACCUGUCAGAUUCUGGAUUAAAGUGCUUCCUUGCUAGGGCUGGGCGAUAAACAGAAAGUUUACUGAUACCGAAUUUUACGACAAUAACCGACGUCAUUUUGCGCAUAUCGGUAUAUUAGUUGUCAAAAAAAUUAAAGUUGGAUUUGGAUGUGUGAAAGUAGGCUAUGGUCUCAUGUCCCUUUACGACACUGUCCUACGUCAGAGAUGUGACUCCACCCCAUUCAGUCUGUAACGAAGAGGGAAAGACAGGUGAGGAGAUGGAGGAUGGUUCAAAAGUUGUAGCGGUUGGAGUGGCAGGUGAAGUAGACGAAGUUAAUGUGGGAGGGGGUGAGCAGCAUGUGGAGUAGUUAUCGUCCAGUUUUUGUUAUCGAGGUGAACUGCGCAAUAUAUCGUGAUAUUAAUUUGAGGCAAUAUCGCCCAGCCCUAGUGGUGCAUGAUAAAUGUGAUCCUCCAAUUGCCAAGUUUUACCAUACAAAAUAAAAGCUAUCAAUACCGAUUCUUUUGGUGUACAAUUAGGUGCUUCUCAUGAUUGAUAAAAGGUGACAACUCCAUUUGAUAUUAUGCUGCUGCUAUUCGUUUUCUUGACAAUGUGAAUUGAAAGAAAGCACAAAGACGAACAUAUUUUCUUGGUGGCUUCAGUGUUCAGCUCUGUAUAGUAUGAUCCUGCUUCUUAAACAUACAGUAAAUUAUCCGGGGAUAAAAACACGCUGCCGUUGGCUAUAGUGAGUGGGCUGUUAUUGAUCCUCCUCCUUCCGUGUACGCUCAUUCAGAGUAAUAACACUGCUGCUGCUUGGAGCAUCUUUUUUCGAACUGAGUCAUAAUUUUCUCAGUGUGAUUAAAAGUAAAAGUUUUAAUUACAGCUUAACAGUGUCAUCAAACUGUUAUUUGCUUAACAGAUAAACUGCUGUUUCAGUGGCUUGUUCUUUGCCGCUUGGCGUGUUAAUUAUUCCUAGAUAUGAUUAAACCCUUCACUUCCUGCAUGCUGCUUCCAGGGAGUAGUUUGUUCACCGCAGGAAACAAGGGAAAUUGAUGUGUAUUUUUUAUAAACACAAAAACCCAGGUUUCAUAUCUUUACAUAUUCCCUGUGUGUGUGUGUGUGUGUGUGUGUGUGUGUGUGUGUGUGUGUGUGUGUGUGUGUGUGUGUGUGUGUGUGUGUGUGUGUGUGUGUGUGUGUGUGUGUGUGUGUUCAGAUUCUGGGAGAAUUGUCUGAGGGCCUGUCUUUAUGAGGUGUUACAGUGAGAUCCUCCAUGCCCACAGAACCAAAGAAGACAUCAUUAUUCUCUUGUCCUACAUGGCUGAUUGCAUCCUGACCACAUGCUGAGAGUCCUCUGUGUGCCAUAACACCAUCACUGAGCAAGAGCACUUAAUCUCAUCCCUUAUGUGCUCCAUGAUCGGGAAAGAGGAGACAGCAGAAAAAAAAAACCUAUUGCUCUGAUUUCAUCACUCCUUUCCGCAGAAAUGCUCGCCUUUGUUGAUUGUUGCAUAAAAAUAGAGAAUUAAGAAGCAACAUAAAAAAUACAGAUACUGUGGCGUGAAAAUGAAUAGUUUUGGAGCUGGUUUUCUAUCACUACUGCUCCCCUUGGCUUGAUUCACAUCUCAGAGGAUAGUGCUUGCUGCUGUGCUGAUGUGACUGUUCUCAGAGGACAGAUCAGCUCCUCUGCUCUCACCUCUGGGGCCUGUUUGACUAGAACUUGCUCACAUCCUCACCUUCACAUUAUAAAAACCCUCAGGGAUUGUCUUACCUACUGUACGUGCGUUCCGGUGAUGAGCUGAAUCAGUGAUUGUUGGAGUGACAGACUUUCUCUCACUCCAGGAAGGUGCCUGACAGAUUGAUUUUUUUCUGGUUUAUCUACAUCCAUCAUCAUUCUGCCCCGAGGCUUCAUGACCCAGGGACCUAACCCUUAUUUUCCAUCAUGGUCAUAUACUGGUUUGCUGAGAGUGGAGAGAAGGAGCUGCAUGUCUUACUGGCAUAUCCUCACACUAGACUGUCCUUAGGGUUAAUAGAGUUUCCCUGCAGUGUGUCCCUGCUGUUUACUGUCAUGGUUGCAGAUUAUGAUCUGGUUUAAUAUAAAUUUGAGCAACAAAUAGAAUUACCCAUUUGAACCAACACAAGCUGCUUUGUCAUACAUGGAGGUAAUAAAACUGUUCCUGUAAUAUUAUUCAUUUGAACAUUUAACCACGAAUAGGUUCUUCCGACCAUUUAAGAGCAGCACAACAAGCUCUAAAUAAAAUAUAAUCAACACUUAAGUUGAAUGUUGUUGCAAAAGUUGCUCUUCAGUACAUAUUUUUGAAACUGAGCACCACUUGCAUCCACUUCUAGCUGUAUUUCUGGUCACUUGCUGAAUUUCAUAUCCUCUCCUUUGGCUUGGUUUUUGGUCACUACAAACUCUUAAAGGGAAGCAGAUGGCCUUCAUCUUCUUAGGUAGUCACUGACUUUGACUCUCAGGUUUUCGUUGCUUUGUUGGUUGCAUCCAGUAAUUAUUUCAUAAAGCUAUCAACCAAGAAAAUGAGAUAUCUGACACUAAAACAGAUUGAGCUGAGGAACCUGCAGAGUCUGUCGAAAUAUGCGUGUCUCUACAUGCAACUCUUGUUUAAAAAUUAUUGCCCCUAUAAAUAGAUAAACUCUGGCUUAUUAUGGUUGCAGAAACAGAAAGCUGAGUGGGCUGCAUUAGUCUUAAAAAUGUGAAAUCUAAUGUCCAUUAAGCGUAUUUAGAGACAAAGAAUAGUGACCUAGAGGCUUCAAGGAUAAGACAUUUUAUUUGAAUGCAGGCAAAAGAACAUCUAACUGGGGUGGAAAUAAGGAGGGAGAAAUGUCUUAAGCAGAACUGAAGAGCAAGCAGAUUAGAGAAGUUCAAGAAAAGCUAAAACGAUAAAAAAAUCAGAGAAGUAAAAACAACUAGAGAAACAAUACCACUCAUUCUUGGACAAUAUGCACUGUAUUUAAAGCUCCUAUGAGCAGUUUUUUGACAUUAAUAAGAGACACAGAAAUUAAUGUUGAUGCCUUUUAAUGAAAUACAAAAGCAAUUAAGGUCCAAGUCUUUCAGCUGCAGAUAAGGUCUUUUUUUUUUUUUUUUUUUUUCAAUUUCCACAUUAAAUUUUCAUGAUGAAAGAAACAUUUGACUGUUAAGAGUCAGUGGGAUGAGAUUGUUGCUUUAAUAUAGGGUGACCAUACGUCCUCUUUUACCCGGACAUGUCCUCUUUUUGGGGGGGCUGUCUGGGUUUGUCCGGGUUUGUCCUUCGAAUGUUUUGUACGUAAGUUUCGAUUUUGUGUCACGUGGACGUACUGAGUUAGAAGCACAUAAAAGACACUCGAUCAGACCCAAAAAACUCCUAAAAUGAACUUUGUGCGACUCCAUGACUCCGUCCCUGCCUAGUCGUGUCCUCUUUUUUGGAAGUCAGAAUAUGGUCGCCCUAAUUAAUAUCAAAUUAAACUUGGAACAGACAAGAUUAACAAAGACUGCUCUGUCCACAGGGGUUACCAAAGUUGAGAUAAUCCAAAUGUUCCUGACAAUACCUUUAAGUUUGAUUCAAGCCGGACAUCCCUCCAUCCAUAAAAUCUUAAACACUUAACCCAUUCAGGGUCAGAGGGAGGAGGGUAUCCCAGCUGUCAUAGGGUGGUCAGUGGAGCACACCCUGGAACAUGUGUAGCCCAGUUUAUCACAGCACUUCAAGCCUGAUUUGAUGAACAAAUAAGUUGGAGAUGUGUUCAAAACAGCUUUAAAACUGUUGUUGCAAAAUGGCUUUAAAUGUUAUGUUAUGACAGAGCGUUUGUGGAUCUACAGCAGUGUUUAAGUGUGGGUCUUCAUGACCUCAGUAGUUGUUAGUAUUGCAAUUAGAUACACAUCUAUUUUGAGAAAAAGCAAAAGUAUUUUUGCACCAUCUGCAUGUAGUAGUUGUAAUAGUAAUAGUUCACUAACAGACACAAGAUCUGACUUCACAAAAUGAACUUUUGCUGGAAUCUGUCAGACCAAGCCUGGAUGCUGAACUCUGCCCCACUUUCACAGGAAACAUACUGAAUAUUAAACAGAAUAGAAAUCUUGAGCUUUUUCUCCUUUUAAAGCACUGCAGACGUCAUCCUCGGGUGGUUAAAUGAAUGAAUAAGCGAGGAGAGUUUCUGCUGUUCCAUCUGGUCCUUCCUGAUCUUCAGAGUGGAGGCUCAAAGUGACUCAGUGAGAUCGUCUGUACUAACAAGGUUUAACCCACAGGCCAGCUGGUGAAAAAUGAAAAUGUGAGAGGAGAUGACAUAGAGGCUAUUUCCCUUCCUAGCUCAGAGCACAGAGAGGUACAACAGCGGAAAAUUUAACAGGAGGGGUAACAAGGCACAACAUCAAGAAGGAGGAGGCAGACAUCUUGGGAUUUAUUGUAACAGGGGGGGGCAUCAACAAACAGAACAAACUAAAUCUCUUACAUCUUCAUGAUGUAGUUCAGGGAGUAGAAUAAACCAGGACUAAAUCUUUCAUGAGUGUGUUUGUUUGAAAUGCAGACUGAAUAUCUUCUAUCCUCAGUUUGUUUUCCCUUUGUAGGUCCUGUCAAUAUUGGACAACACCUCGUUAUGGAAAAGAAAAGCAAUCUCCUCACAGCCUCUUUCAGGUUAUUGUCCCCCUGCCUGAAAUAGGGACAAAAAAGGACACCUCCGCCAAUUCUUCAUCCCUCCUUGGCUCAUAGCGCCUUAUUAUAAUGCUAAUUCAAGCACACACCAUCAGCAUUAAUGUCAGUCCUCUGUGACUCAAACCCAUUCGGACCCAAACACAGACAGUGUUUGCUUCUGCAAUCUGGUAUUAACAUUUCUUGGCACAUCUGCAGGUCACUGUGAAUAUAUUCAAAUGAGGCUAACGUUUUAGUGGCUGGAAAUGAAUAGUUAAUUAUUCUGCAAGGCCAGCUGGCUAUGUUGCUACCCAGGGAACAUUUCUUUGACGUCAUCCUGGUGAAGUUCAUCAUUUCUUGGGUGAAGUUCGGUUCAGAUAACACAGAACCGCAAGCUUGGCUAUCCACCAUAAUAUUGUUACUGCACCUUUUAGCCUUACAAUGUUGCUUAUCACAUAAUUGGACCUUUCCAGACACAGGCCAUGAAAAGCUUGCUCCCAUUUCCUAGAAGGUAAUUGUAUUUAUUCCAUCUCAAAGUCCCAGUGGGUUGUGCUUCAAGAACCAGUAAAAAAUGCCACCCUUCACAGAUUUACAGUGUUUUGUGAUGGUAACCCCAUUUCAAAGGGUUCUUGAUGUUAAUAUAAUAAAGUUAUGAUAUAAUACAGCCAACAGCUUCAAGGUGAUACGUUAGCACCCCUACAGGAUGAUGUACACAUAUUGAUGUUAUAGAUAUAAUGAAGCAGUAUGGGACACAUAACACAAGAUAACUGUACCGAUUUUGGUCCUGAUAACCUCCUGAAAAACAGCAAAGGUCCGGUUAUUAGUUGGUUUUUCAGUUUGAGGCCAGUCUGGGGUUCGUUAUAUUGAAAAUUUUGUCUAACAUAACAAACCUAACAUUUGGUCAGAUGGCUACAGUGUGCCUACCUUCUUUUUUGUUUCCGGUGCUUCUGCAGACAGCCUUGAGUGGACACUUGAUUUAAGGUCGAUCAUGCACCCUGUCUACUGUCACAUGAAACAAGAUGAAGGCAAAUCAGAAAGCGCGCUGAUUGAAAAAGGGAACAAAACAAAUGCAACCAUGGAAACGAUAGUAAACACAAAGCAUAAGGUGCCAGAAAUAGAGAACCAAUUUAUUGACACAUGGCUACUACAUGUUUUACUCAGCAUACCGACAGCCUAAUGACAAAGGAAGGCGUUGAAAGAAAUAUGUGCCAGGAAGCGUAGCAGCUAACAACGUUUAGCUCCACCAUGUUUGUUCACUGUAAGUCACAUUUCACCAGGAGAGAUUUUACACGAUUUUUAACAGUCAGGACUCCAGUUGUUGGUGAAAAGGGUCAUUGUGUUGUGUGUGUGGUGAAUUCUGCUCACAUUGCAAAAACUAAACUGUUUUAUCUGUUAUCAUUCGUUAUAAUAUGAAGGGUCUCUGAAAUUUUCAAUACUGAUAAAGAUUUAAACAAUCUUUUGGUGUGUUAGUGUAACUAGUUUCUCUGAUGUUGUUGGUGUGUGUCCUGCUCUGUAUUCAAAUAGGUAGCUAGUAUAUGACAUGCUCUCUGCCAGGAUUGAAUAGUUCAGUUGAAAUAAAGUUUAGACUACAGAAUUAGAUUCAUAAAGUAUGGAAGUGAGGAGGAAAAUCAAUACAUGUCCUUUCUUUUCUCUUGGUGGACCGAGACAGAUGGAUCUGUGCAUGAAUCAAAUUACUCUGGUGCAACAGACGGCUGUAACAAUAUUAUGCUCAGCAGGAUGUGUUUGAUAUUCAAGGUGAUGCUUGUUUUUUUUGUGUGAGCCUGUCUACUUCAUCAAAAGGUCAUAGUCUUCAGAACAAUCAUGACCUCUGAAGACUCACUUUUUGUCACCUAUUUCGCAUAUGCUCUGAUCUUAAACCAUCUACGUCACAUUUCCCCUCUUAUCAUCCCCACUCUAAUUCAGUCCCACAUCCUUUCACACAUAUCAGAUGAACUACAACACACUACAUGUCACAUUGCCCUCUGUUCUCCUUGGUUUGUGUCCCUGAGAGGCUUCUAUAGCAGACCUUGCUAAGCAGUCACCAUGGCUGCGAUUCCCCUGCGGCCCCUCAUGACUAAAGUCAGCAUUUUAUUGUAGAUAUAAGGUGAAACGUACUGUGCAGGCAGUGUUUUACCUCUAGGGUUCACUUAACCCUCACAUACUAUUCGGGUCAAAUUUGACCCGUUUUGACUUUUAACAGCAGUAAAAAUACCCUAAACAUCAUUUUUUAAGCCUGAAACUUGAUGACUUUUCCUGAAGUUGCCCAAAAUACAUGAAAUUAAUUUAAAAAUAUUCAUGUGUAUUUUUGUUUAUGUGCUACAAAUUUUUCCCCUCUAAGGCUGUUACAGGUCAAAUUUGACCCGUAUCUAUAUUUAGAUGGAUUUUAGAUCUAGCAGUGUGGGACAAGUGACAAACAGUAACAACAGUGUUCAAUAUAAGGUUUGUUGUUCCAAAAGAUAUAUUCAAAUCAUUAUGAAACUAUCAUUACCUUGACAGAAACACACAGACAUACAGUCACACAGACACACCUAGACAGAGGUCAAAAUGACCUAACUAGUCAAGAGAAGUUUCUGUGACAGAAAGCUGCUCUUUGAACUCUUUGAAGGGGCAAUUUUGACCCGGAACAUACUGUGAGGGUACAGGAUUUGAACAGUAUGUGAGGGUUAAGAUACUCAACUCUACCAGAGGCUUAUUUAACUGGUUUGCUUCAUGGUAAUAUGGAAAAGUUGCAUGAGAAAGAGUUUGAGUGGGCUAAUAGUUUCACUUUUCUUUUCGCUUUCUUGGAAAAUAUGUUAUUUUGUUCAUAUUUAGCAGAGUUCAGAGUUUCAGAGUAAGAAUCGUGGUCAGAGUAGGCCUGGGCGAUUUGGCAAAAAAAAAAAAAGAUCACGAUAUAUUUUGUCAUAUCGUCCGAUCUCGAUUAUUAUCACGAUUUUUUUUUUAAACUGCCAGUUUCAAAGUGCCUGUACUAAAAACUAAAGAAACCAGAGAUUAGUUCAACAUUUUAUUAACAUACAAAGUAAAUAACAAAGCAAAUUGAAUAAGAUAAACUUAGAAAAAUAUAAAAACCAUUUUAACUCAACAGUACAACAAAAGUAGAUAAAUACUAAAUAAUACAGUGAACUAGUUUACAGUCCUGAGUGUUUUUGCAGGUAUGCAAGACCCAAAAUAAACAAAUUGCCCCCUCAGGGAUAAUGAAGACGCCUUAAAAUGUAAACAUUAGUAAACAUGAUGAUAAGAUUGAUUGUUGCUUUGGUCUGGUGGCUGCACCGCUAGUUGAAGCUAAACUGCUAAUGCUACUCGUGCCGUCAGCAGUGGCAGGCUGUGCAGACUCUGCUCGCAUUUUCAUGCUUUCCACAUAAUCACUCGGUAAGUACUUCUUUCAAUGACUAAACAGAUCUAUUGUGUUGCCAGUUUUUGAGGGCACCGACCGCCGACAUACGUUACACAUCGGCUUAAUUGUUGACGCCACUUUGGAGAUACCUGAACCACCGCAACACAACCAACGUUGAUUAACUUCUCAACAAUAACAUCUUUGGAGGAUGACUCAAAGUCAUGGCUGACAUCUAUUUAGCUGUCCUCAGCUCCACGUUUGGUCAUUCUGUUUACUUCUCCGGCAACUUACAGAAGUGGAGUAGGAAAAGCUUGACUCUGAUUGGCUGCUUUGUUUCAGCUUGUGUGAUCCUAAGUGGUUUAAAAAUCUUGUUGCAUUACAAAUAUGAAAAAGAAACUUCUCAGAAAUUCUCCGGUCUAAUUUCCGGUUAACAAGAUAGAUGUUGAUAGGCACAGCACUCUCUUAAGGAUUGUUUUUGCGGUUAUUGUGCAUGCCAAAGAGAGCAACAGACUGACAGACUACAAUCAGCAGUGGACUGACCACAAACCACUGUAAUGAUGAUUUAAAUGGUUAAAAAUCAAAAGCACAACGCUUAAGUCGUCCAUCCAGGAAAUGACUGGGAGAACUCAGUUAAGAUAGUCUGUUACUUCGUCAGCAAAAUUGGGAGUGAGAAAGAAGUGACAGCUCCUUUUCCUUCAACAAUGCACAGGGUGCUAAUAUUAGCCACUGGGGCUAUGAUGCUCCUCGCCUGUGCGCCUGUCUCCUCCUCUCAUAUUAGUCGGUUUUUGACAGCUGUGCCUGAAAAAUUCUGAUUAACUACUAAGACUUUAAAUCCAAAAUAGUUGAUAAUAAAGGGACAGCCCUGAUGAGUUUGUAAGCUGUUCAUGAACUUCUGAUAUUAUCAGAUAAUUUUGACUGAGCAUAAGCUGAUCCAAGGCGAGAGUUAAUUCAAGAAUAAGUUCAAGUUCAAGCUUAAGCCUACUGUCAGGUGAAGUGUUCUUGUUUUUUUUUGUAUCAGUAUGGCGCCCACUGCUUCAAUUUAGAGAAACAUUGCAUUGAACCAGCACUUUUGUUAAAAAAUGUAAACUGGUUGACAUCUCUCAUAUAUAUGUCUGCACCCACAUGAAACUAUAACUGCAUUAACUCUGAAAACCUCUGCAUCACAACAUGUUGUGCCUCUAAUUCCUGUCAGUCUGCUGCUAUUUACAGCUGGGGCGGGUCGGUUUGUGCCUCUGUCACUCAUUUCAAGCAAUUGUCCUCCCCUGUGCCGUUAUACGCUGUGGCAUUCAGCAACCCUGUAGCUGUGAGUGUGACCCACAGUAAACAGAAGAUGUCCUGCACACAUCUCAACAGCAGGUCUAAUCAGCCUAAAUAAGUGGAAACACCUGUGCAUGUGUUCCUGAGUGGAGGGGCUUCUGAUCAAUGACUAAUUGACACCAAGAGGGCCAGGUGUGUGUGAUUAACUCUGAUUAGCUUUCCUGAAGGAUGGGACAGGUGUCACUUUUGAUGCCAAAGGUGUUGAUAAGCAUUCUUGGUUUGUUUCCUCUGCCGAAAAUAGAAAUGCACUUUGCUUCAUUAUGGAGACUGCGUGUAUCACCAUUAGGGCUGGAGUAUUCGUUGCAAUUUUAUUACAGUGUUGUGUUAUUAUUAGUCUGAAAAGCCUCUGUGAGGUGUUACUCACAUGCGGGGAAAGUCGCUGUAAACAAUCUAAAAUUGUCAUUCCUCGCUACCAACUUCUGAAUCAAAGACAUUUUCUUUUUUCUUCUUUGCUCGUCCCUCUGUUCCUGUCGGUUGAUUGACUGAAAGUAAACAAGACCAGUACCCUUCUUAGUUGUUUUCCUUCCCCUUGUGGUUUGUCAUUCGUCAGGAGGAUAUUUUAAGGAUUUGUGUUUCUCUGUCUGUUUCUGUGUUUAGUUUUAGGCUCUCCACAGAUGCCUUAAUUGGCUCCGGGGGAAUGGAGAGGUGUAUUUAUUUACCUGUCAUAUCCUGCUGAGUUCCCUGCACCCCUGGGGGGAAAAAAUACUUGCAGAAAUUACCGUACGCUGUAGUGCUUUAGUUUAUGUGGUGUCAUAUGCUUCAGAGCUUUGCAUUUUCUUCUCACUGAUACUGACAGUCUAGUUAUGCAUUAGCUGGGAACUACUCAUUAUUUUUCCUGAGGGGAGGAAAAGUGUAUUGAGCAUGGUGACUUGACAUUUAAAAGCUCUCCAGUGGAGUUGUUACUGAAAGAUGGAAAUAAUUAGGUUUCCUUUAUAUAAGCUUUCAUAUGCAAAUUUAAAAGUUUAACUUUUUCAAAGUUCAUUAAAGUAUGAGUUGAGAAUUAAAGAUCCAACACAAUCAGAAACAGAAUAUAUUUGAUUGACUCUCAUUUUAUUUUCUUGCUCGAAUAUUUUAUUUCAAAUAUUUCUUAGAAAUUAUGUAAUCCAGUUUUCAUAACUCACCACUGCAAGACUGUCCAGGCCCACAUUUAAUGAUUAGUGUGAUCAUUUGCUCCAAGAGGUAAGUUGGCUUUAAUCAGUGAAAAUUGUUAAAUCUGUCAGAAAUUAACUCCACAAUGUUAAAGUUGAGUUAAAACUGUGAUGACUUAACUUUCCCAUCCAGUAAAGUACCGUAUUUUUCCAACUAUAAGGCGCACUUAAAAUCCUUAAAUUUUCUCGAAAAUUUGCAGCGCGCCUAAAAAUCCAGCGCGCUUUAUGUAUGAUUACUUGUUGUGCUUACAGACCAAUUUUAUGUGGUACAAUGUGCUCAAAAAUCUGUGGAAAUGUGUAAGUACAACUUUGGUAAGCAACGAAGCCGCCCCGCUCAUGAAUAUUCGGAGCAUUAUGGUACGCUGUGUCACUACCUGAUCGGCCCCAUAACAGGACCCCUGAGCAGUCUACAAGAAUGCCUGACUGUAAUGUCUAAACUAGAAGUGAAUUCAUGUAAGCCAGCCCGGGCCUGGAGUACACUCACAACAAUAGACCAAUCAAUGCUUAAUGCGCCCUACAAUCCGGUGCACCUUGUGUGAGAAUUUAGACAGGUUAAUUCACAGUGUGCCGCAUAAUACAGUGUGCCUUAUCGCCCGAAAAAUGUGCUAAGUGGUAAGAAUUUAGCGCUGUCAGGAUGAGAGUGCACACAGUGUGCAGCUCUAUGCAGCAGAGAGUUGAGAUGCUGAUGGUAACCAGUAACCUCAGUUGCAGUAAAUCGAAAAACUGGAUCAAGCUGCAUGGUGACUGCCUGUGUUGUAGUAGUUUUCUUUCAAUCUGUAGCAGUAUAAUUGUAUAAAACAUGUGGCUGUUAUGAGGACUUCGUGAACUCACCAGUAAGUGGUUCUGAUGUUGAUGGAGUACCAUGGCUGGUGAUAAAAAGCCAGCCUUUAUAAACUCAUAAUCCUGGUCUUGAUUAGGGACCUGUGAACCUUGUAAUUCAGCUUUUCUGUCUCAUGAAUCAUAUAGGAAGAGCAAGACUCUGCAAACCUGAUAAGUGACUCUCACCCUCUGUGGUUUCUAUUCAGGUGGACUCCAUUGAUCGUACACAUAUGCACAAUGACGCACACACACCCACAUAUGCAAAGGUGCUGAAAGACAUGAUUAGAAUACAGAUUCCUACAUGAUUAGAUAUUCACAGACCCUUCACACUACUCUGUGUUUUAUCAAACCACACUCCUACGCUGAGAAUCUUAUUCUGUGUGAAGUGCUGUGCUGCUCAAAAAUCAAUACAAUCCUGAGGGGAAAACAAGGACGCUUCUUGGUUUACAUUUGCUGGAUAAAGCCCAGGAGACACUCACAGAGGCACAAACUAUUUGCACUGCUGCACAGUCUUCUAAUGAGAAAAAUGCCCCCAUAAUUUCCUAGUUUCUGCCAUAAGACCCAAACUCCUGAAUUAGCAGAAAAUAUUGCUGUGUCUAUUAAUCAUUUUAUUGAGGCAAUUGAACGGACUGACUGAUAUUAUUCAUCAUAGCUAAGUUUAGCUCAGCGGGAACUUUGUCCACUUAUCUUCAUCUACCAAACUCUGUUCACACUUCAGUUUCCUGCUGUAUCAUCACUGAGAGACAGACUGUGGAACAGGCCAUUAGUUACAACAAAACAAAGACAAGACAGUGAGACUCUUAUCUCAUCUUUUAAACCAUCUUGGAAAAGAGGAACUAGUGUGUAGACAGAUGCCCCAAGAAGCAUUCACAGUUUCAGAUUAACAGGAAGUGAAGAAUCCAGAUUGCUAGCAUGUAACCAAUUUUUAGCUAACAUUAUGUCAGCCUUAAAAUUACAGCUUUGCAAAUGUGUCUUGUAGCUUCAUCAUAUGGUCGUUUAAGCGCUAAGUCAUGCUCUUGGAAUUACUAACAUUAGCUAGAAAGUAGCCAAAUGCUUAUAUGAAGUGUUCUAUGAAUGAAGCUAAUAGGUGCUCAAAUAUGUUGCAAAAUUACCAUUAAUUUUUGGCCAGCCUGGUAUUAGUGUUUCUCUCGCACUCAUCAGCUGUUGAAAUCACUUGAGACUCCCAGCUAACAGGCAAAGGUGUUCAACUGUGCAUGCUCUGGUGGAUUGUUGUGGCUGACUUGGCAUUAACAGGACCUGUGCCCAAAACGAUGACAUACUGGCUUUUCUAUUUAUCCAAAAACAUGGGCUUCAUCGCUCGCCAGCAUGUGGCCUUUGUGGGUGACUCUGUUUUAGGAGGUUACCAAAUAAAGGAAGGCUUGAGAGGAAUGAAGCACGGCGGCUCUGGUAUUUAAUCAUCCGCGUAGUUAGCUCCUUAUCACAGCCCAUUAAAUGCUUUCACGGCUCCUCGCUGUUGAAAUAAAAGUCUCUGGAGACAGCAGCUCUGAGGGAAUUUGGAGUUACCGUGCAAUCGAUACCUUCUACCACAGGAUUUCUGGCGCCAAUAACUAGACAUGUCAGUUAUCGCAAAGCUAAUAAACUGGCUGCAUGAUGCUUGGUGGAUUGGGAGAGAAAAAUCUGAAAAGGAUUCUGAUUUUUAUCAACAGGCUUUAUUUUUUCAUUUGACUGUGAGGGCUGUUCAGCUGGAGUAUUAUUGGGCCUCAUUUUUUUUAAUUAAGGGUGGUAGAGCAAAAACGAGACUGAAUGAUGAAAAGCAGUUGUUCUUUCUUAUUAAGAUUCGACCAAUUCAUUAAGCAAUUGCAAAUUAUGUUAUACUAACUGUUGCCUGAGCCAGACACAUCCAAGAAACAAACAUCAGCCAUUUUAAUUAAUUUUCUAGCAGAAAAUAUGGAGAAUCUUCUACUAGAUUAGUGAUACUUAAAACUAGGGCCCGACUGAUACGGAUUUUUUGGGACCGAUGCGGAUACCGAUUAUUGGGGGGGGGGGAUUACUGAUUAAUCGGCCAAUUUUUAUUAAAUUUUUUAAGGAAGUUUAAAAAAUAUAUAUUUACUGUAGAUAUACUGUAGGCUACUGCUCUUCACGCCGACAGAAACGCCACUGUUGUUUAUUCUACUGUUACUGGCACGGCUAACAGUGUAGCAAGGCUAAUAGCAGAUGGCUAACUCUAACUUUAGUUUGCAUAUUACAUGGUGCUUCACCAUUAACUUGGCGUGACCGAGACCAGCACAGCGGGGAACAUCGUGAAGUAACUAGUUUAUUUACUGUUGAGGGUGACCAUUCUCCUCUGUGCGUCCCUGAGCUGCCUGCUUUAGAUCCAUCACUCUGCUGUGCUGUGAGGUAGUUAGUGGAUGAAGAUUGUCAUGAGGUCGCUGCGCCAUCUACAGGAUAAGUCGGGGAACUUUUCAAAUGGCGAAGCAUUUUUGAAGUGAAACCGAAUCUUAUUCUCUGCAUUUUAUUUCUGAAAAUAUCGGCGAAAAUCUGCGAGUUUUGGCCGAUUACCGAUUAGUCUCAAACGGGCUAAAAUUGGCCGAUUUAAUCGGCACACCGAUAAAUCCGUCAGGCCCUACUUAAAACCAAACUUAACACAGGUAGACCAAUCAGAAACAUAGUUGUCCCCAGACUGUAAGAUCAGACCCAUCCAGACAUCUCAAUCAGCUGUUUAGUGGGAGGUUUAGACAGAAAAGUAAUGUGGCUGAUUUAGUAGUUGACUUGGCUCAGAGUGGAGUACACGAGGAUCAUUGAAAGCUCUUUAAUUAAAGCUGAAAAGCCCCUCAGUGGGUAAUAAACUUAAAGCAGUGUGAUCUUGUACUGUAUUACACACACCACCCAUCUUCUCUGGGAGUGAUUGAAAUACUUUCGAUAUGUCCUUGUCUUGUAGUGUGAUAGUUUAUGUUUCUGUAGCACGGCAGAUUUUCAAUACCUGUGAAAUGAGAUGAAGCUUUAUGAAAUACACACAGGAGAGUUAGUAUUUUAUUAUGUACAAGGUGUAGUAGCUUGAGUCAAUGACAGAUCCCUGUGUGCGUUUGUGUGUUAUUGUGAGCAGUGAUGAUAAACAAACCGUUGUAUCCCUGGGAAUGUGUCAGCAGUAUUUCAACUAGAGCGCCGUUGAAAGGACCAGCACUGAGGGGAACAAUUCUCUCUCUUGUUGUUUUGUUGGCAACAUGAGAUGCUGAUUGAACUGCGGACUGGAGAAGUGAGCCUGUAACUUGACACCGAGUCCUGAGUGGAAGUGGUGAGAGAUGGAAAUGGGAGGGUACGGCAGUCAGGAUGGGAAGACAGAAGGGACAUUAUUAAUAAUUUUCUUUAUGAUUGAAGUCACAGCGUUUAUUUUAGCUUCUUUAAGUGUUUUUUAUGAAGUGGUAUCAGUGUUUGAGAAGUAUACUCAAGAUACUCAAGAAAGGUUUAUUCUGAGCAGAAGUAACUCUGCUCCCAUGUUGUUAUAAAACCAGAUACUACUUUGUUUUAGUAAAAAGGAUUCAAGGGACAUGGUGGAUGCGGUUUGCAAAUGUGUUUGUGUGCCAUUUGCAAAUGAGUAUUUAAAGUUUGUAUAGUUGUGUGUGUGUGUGUGUGUGUGUGUGUGUGUGUGUGUGUGUGUGUGUGUGUGUGUGUGUGUGUGUGUGUGUGUGUGUAAGCACUUGAAUAUCUAUUAAACAGAGAGCUUCAAUGUCAUACUCAUUUACUAGCAGAGGACCAGCCAGUAAACUGGGACAUUUUGAAAAAGUGAGAAAAAAAACCUAUUCAUAUGGUUAUAUAAUGCUUGAAAAAAUUUUGUCUUUCUAAAAUUAACAAAAACUCGAGUCCACCUUCGGUCGGUUAUUUCACCACUGUAAAGGCAAUCCAAUUUUGCACAACUGGCAAAGGAAACAGCUCUAUCUUAUGUUUCAAAAUAAUAAAAACUAACUUUUGUUUUAAGCAAGUUUAAGCAAGUUUUCACUUCAUCAUCAAUCAAGUAUUGAGUUAAUGUGGCACAUCUAGGCUGACACCUGGUUUAUUUUGCUAAUGUCCAUUGCAGGGAGAUGACACACCAAUUUCCUCUUAACUUUAGAAACUAAUAUAGAAAAGUUUUGAUAAUAUUUCAGUACAGUUAUUUUUAACUCUAGUAUGUCUCAAAGGGGGUUAUCCAUUUAAAUCUGCUGAUAUGUUUGCAGUAAAUAAAUCCCCCUGACCCGUCCUUUACACUCUUAAACUCCAGUCAUAAUCAGUGCUCUGCAGGCCUCCUCUGGGGCCUGAUUGGCAGCAGAAUAAUAAUUCCCUGACAUCGCUUUUGUCCUCAUUCUUCUCUCACUCAAGGGACGUUGCACCAGAGGAGCCUUUCUUUCCUGCCCUUCCCCUCUCGCUGACAUCUCCUCAUCACUCAUGACACAUAGCUAAAAUGUUUUCUCCCUCUUUCCCUCCCUUCUUUCCACCCUCUUCUCUCUGUAUCCAAAAGGUCGUGACUGAUAGGCUUUGCCAUUUAAAACUGUCUGACAUUUAUCGUGACUUUUUGCCUCUGUUGAAAAGCAUGACACAGGAGAAGCGGAUGCUUUAUAAUAUGAAUUUUCUUCUUCUUCUUCUCUCUUCUCGUUUUAGGGCAGCUGGAAGUUGCACCACCCACUGCAGCACAGUUAAGAUACGGUAAGAAGUCAAAUUGUGAUUUUGAUGAAUGUUUGAAAUGACUCUGAGUUUGUGCAGAGGGAUGCUUGAAAUGUGAACAUUAAUAUGGUAUAAAUGUGAUUGGCAGCCAGAACUGACACCCCUCAUCUAUUUCAAUUAAUCAGUAAGAUUAAUGAAGACCAGUCAUAAUUAACACUAAUUGGCAGGUGUUGUGGUUCAUUGAUAUCUGCAUUUCCAUGGUGUCCCAAAAGACAGGCCAAUGUCUUGCACAUGAGCCUGACUAAUGAGGUGUUAGGUUUUCCAUGGACAGAUCUUGCAUAAGCUUGUUCUCCUGAAGUCCUAAAUUGGUAGCCAGGGAUAGAAGUCUAAUGCAAUGCAUACUGACAAUACAGGAAUAUACAUAGCGGUGACUUAAUGAAUCAAAUCGCUGAAAUUUAAGCUCUUUCUUCCAGUAAAUCCUAUUUAAAGUGCUGCAAGAGCCUCAUUUAUCAAUCAGCCUAUCAAUCGUGAUAGUGUACCCCGUUCUCUCAAAUCAAAUAACUCAUGCAAACUCGAUUUUUCAGGAAAAUUAGCAUUUGGACUGAAAGCAGCAUGUUGAGAACUAACUGUAAUGACAAAAAACAUCUUUGAGAAGUUAAUAGUUCACAUUUAUUUUGAAUCUGGACUUUGACCCAUGUUCCAUCUGUUAACAUGGAAAAGGCAGGCCAUAUGACCUCACUGUAGCCAAUCAGAAGGCUGAGCGUCAAAUCUUUGGCUUCACUUUUUUGAGCUAUCACACCAUCCCUCUCUUUGUUCAGUCUGUGUAACAGUCUGUGGAACAUCUUAACUGGCCAACAGUUACCUUAGUAACAGAGUGCUGAUACUCCACCUAUUGCUCUAUAUGAACACCAAAUGACCCGGUAUUAUUUUGUUCCUCAUUAAAAAUAGACAUCAGCAGGUUUAUUGAUUAGUGUUUAUAGUCUCAACUGGCUUCCCAUGAUGAGUUCUAAGGGCCGCCAGUGAGUAUGUAUAAUUCAUACGGGAUCAAAUAUUAAACAUGAAGAUUUAAAAUCAUGAAAAAAGAAUGAACGGAGAAUUAAUUAAACAAGGAAAAGAUAAUUAGAUCUAAAAAAUACUGAAUUAGCUCGCAAAAGUAAAACCCGCUCAAGUAUUUGGUUUUAAAAUGUAGUUUGUUACUGACUGUAACAGUCAUGUAGUCUGUCUCUCUUGGUAUGUGAUGUGGGUAAAAAAUAGGUUUCCAUCUCUCCUGAAUAUUCUCACCACAGUAAUAGCUCAGACCCUCGCAGGUGUGUGAACUACCUGCACAUACUCAGCUAAUAGCUUUGUAAUAUCAUACUUCACCCUGCCGUGCUCACUCACUGACCUCAGAUUUUUUUCCUCCUGCUGAGAGGUUGGAGAGUCUGCUGGAUAAAGCAAUAUAAUUCAGAUGACUGUGUGAAUAUGUGUUUUUAUUUCUCUUCUCUCGCAACGUUGAGAAAUGUCUGUUGGCAAAAAAAAGCAGAUAAGAAAGGACUGUAUCUGUCCUCCUACCUUGUGCUGAAAUGCAGUUUUCCUGCUCUGACUCUUCUCUUAAGAUAACACAGCUGAGUGAGUCUUGACUGAAAACAUUGACUCAGCUGGCUGUCACUGGAGCAACAGUGUCGAAUACAGCACUUGUGAUUUUCCAAGACAGAGGGGCUGAAGUCUGGUCAGGUUGUGUUUUGCUGUGUAUCACCUAUCAAGUGCUCAGUGGAUUGAAUUUCUUUUUCAAAGUAGACCAAGUUUUUCCCACUAUUUAUGUGAUCCAAUUGUUAAAUUCAUUAGAGCUGUAAAUGUAUCAGAAAAUCUGGCUAUAGUGAUAGGAUUAGUUUCAAAAAGAGUCAGUGGAACAAAGCGCCUGUUAUAUUAUUAUUUACCUUGCAUUCCUCUCACAGCUCCAGAGUGAAUUUUCAUCCAACGCCACAAAAAGUACAGCAUUUGGAAAGUGAAAGAGCCUAAAAAGCCAUUUUAAAUUUUCUUUGACUCACAUUUGAUAAGUCCAUCAGAAGACAUUUUGUCCUCCAGGGUUUCAAUGUGAAAAGCAGGUUAAUUCGCUCAGGAACAGCUGAGUCCAGGAGAGAUAAGGGGUUCACGGUGGGAAAUUAAAACUUGGGUAUCUUGGUAAUCCCUGUCGUAGAAGGUUAAUGUCUGAUAAAAGAAACUUUUUGGACUUGAAAACCAAGCGUUCACAAAGCCCGCUGUUGCUAAACUGCACGAUUUUGUGAUUCUCAGAACACUUGAGAGACAAGAGGCAAACAGAGUGACAAAUGUUUGGCUCUCUCUGCUCUGAAGAGCAAAUGUGAGAGCUCACUCGCUGAUAGUUUGUGUUUUCUGCUGCGAAACACCAAAUCAAAGCUCAGAAUUUAAUUCAAAAAGUCUCAGCUGCAGGAGACGAAGUUUUCCUCACAGUACAAUCACAGCUGCCCCUGAAGCGCCAAAGUAAAGCCUUUGUGUGGGACAUGAGUGAGUAUUCUGUUUACUGCGGCUCGAAGCGGAAGAUUGAAGUUUUAAUUUGUACUGAAGGAGGGAAGCAGUAGAAAAAGUGCCCAGAGAAGAAAUUACUUCUUUUACAGCAUUUUUGCUUGGAGCAAACAGUCAUACAGAUAAAUACUAAAACUUGACUGAACUUCACUUGAACUACAACUGUAAUAAGCAGUUUUCCUUGGGGCAGUGUGAAAGAUUUAAAUACACAACAUUACACUUUGUAUCUUUACUGCCAACACAUCCUUUAUUAAAGUGACAAAAAUGGUGGAGACUGGAACUGCAUCAUAAUCUUUUGGUCUGUACUGGUUUUGACACCUCCCUGUGGACAAAGUGACACCUAUUAUCUCUAGUCCUGUAAAAGUAAAAGGGUAUCACUCACUUUUAGUAUUUAACAGUUUGUUGGCUUGCUCUCAAUCAUCUGGUCUGACAUUUCCACUCUCACAGCAGUCUUAAACAUCAAAAUUUACAAGAGAGAAAUUCUCAGUCUUGAUUCUGGAGAUCUCAUCUGAUGUUAAAGGUCAUAAAGAGGCAACAGUUUUAGUUUUAGGCUUUUUUUUUUCAACCAUUAGAAAACUCCUCACAGUGCCUUUAAAAUGAAUAGUAAUCCUGCAAAUCAUUCACAUCUUUCUGGAGGUAAAACAUUAUUUAUCUUUUUUCAUUACCUCCACCAAGGGGGUUAUGUUUUCAGUAGCGUUUGUUUGUUUGUCUGUUAGCAACUUUACGGAGAAAGUUACUGACGGAUUGACCUGAAAUUUUCAGCAGAGGUGCGUCUCAGCCCCAGGAGGAUCCCAUUAAAUUUUGGUGGUGAUCCAGACAAAAUUCUGGAUACUGUGAUCCAGAACACACAAAAAUAAGGGUGUCGUUGGAAUUUUCUGUGCUGAAAGAUAACCAAUGGGCGGCACAGUGGUGUAGAUAGGCGUCACAGUGGUGUAGUGGUUAGCGCUGUCGCCUCACAACCAGAAGGUCUUGGAUUCAAAUCCCAGUUAGGGCAUUUCUUGUUUUAGGAACAUUAUGAACAGUGAACAUACCAGUUUAAACACAAAUAAAAGUUAAUAAAAGACACGUAACAGUAAAAGUUUUGGUGUGAAUUACAGUAUAAGGGGGGACAUGAGCUGCUUGGUGGAGGUCUUCGUCUCCGAGUGCUGAUGCUGAAUCAUUUUCCAGUCUCUGUAGUUGCAUUGAUUUUGUUUCACUUGUGCUUCACACGCCUCAUCCCACAGGUUGAUAUUCGCUGAUAUGUGUCGUAUUAUCUCUGCCUGCCUUUUGAUGUAUUGUUUUUAUGCUAUUUUACAGUUCUGCUACAUAAUGCGCUCCCGUUCGUUGGAUUUGGGUUCCUGGACAAUUGCAUCAUGAUCCUUGCUGUAAGUGUGUCACCGCCACAUGCAGUGCUGUGCUCCUCUGCAGCUCAGAGAUUCAGUCAGUGUGAAGAGAAGAUGUUAAAUGUACUCUGAUAAUGUAUUCUCUCUACAGUGAAAGCAUCAACGCAGAGAGAGCAAAAUCCCUCUUUUUUAUUUUCAAUUUUGUUUGUUUGUGCAAGUCAGAGCGCUUUUAUUUGCUUUCUUCAAUGUUUAAACUCUCAAUUUGCUUUUUCCCCAUUUACAAACUGUAAUAAUUUUCUUGCCACAUGCACACACACUCUUACUGAAGUCUCUCUAACGUUGUUCAAGUAAUGAAAUCUCAACCCAGCCGAACAUCAUGAAACUAUUAGAGUAAUUUGCCGUUUGCAUACACAGCAGAGUUAUUUUUGAACUCAGAGAUGAUGAAUUACUGGGGGAAGCUUUUCAAGAAUGUGGUAUUACAAAUAAGGCUGAAAAAAUUUGCGCAAAAGAAACAAAAAAGAGAGAAUGAACCUGAAUAAAACAUAAUGAAAAAGCUUUCUGCAAAAGCAAUGUACUGUUACAGUAUGAGAAGCAAAUAUUAAGUUGUUGUUUGCUGUCCGCAGAUUCUUCAAAAAGCAAAAAAAUACAAAAAAUCAAUAAGUAAUCAGGCUGUAGGGCUGGAGGCUUGUACCUUCUGUAAGAUUGUAUGUUUACUGACCAUCACAGUUUGUACUGUGAGGAGAAUUCCCCUUCAUUCUCUUAGUCCAGACCCUGAGAGAAGAACUGAUGCUCCCCGCCUGAGGAUCUCAAGCUGCUUUCAACUUAUAGGAGAUAAAAGGUCCUUCAAUAAACCCUAGAAACCCAUCGACUGAAAGAGUGGAAGCUUCAAGAAAACUCCCAGAUCUUUAAAUAAUACAAGAAGACAUAUAGUGGCAGCUUUUCUUAUUAGAAACCUUUAUAGCAUUGUCCAUGCAAUGCAAUUAUAACAACACUCAGGGUGUGUCUGUGUGCGAAGUGCGUCUCAGCUGAAGCAUUCAUCACUUUAUUUCUCUCUGAAUUUGACUGACAAAGACAUCAGAUACAUUUCUUUUGUCAUAUCAUAUACUAUUGCUGUCACUUAUGCCUGUGUGUGUGUGUCUGCAUGUGUGUGUUUUUCAGGGCACACAGAUUGAAUUAUCUAUCGGAGUGAUCCUCGGCAUUUCAACGAUGGCAGGUAAGAGAAUCUCAUAAUCUUAAUAUGCUUUCAUAGAAAAAGAAACCAUGUCUGAGGCAGCUAUGAAAGCUUUUCCCCCUCUUUGUUCUUGAAAACAUCUUUUCUUUUGUACUGGCUGUCCUUUAUAGUCAUGGAUGAUUUUACACAGCUGCCCCCAGCUGAAGUGGGGCCCUGAAGUGGAUUUUUUAUGCUCGUUUUCCCACUUUUUAUUUCUUCUUUCCGGCUCAAACAAAAAGAGCUUUUUGCUCAUUGUCUCUUUAGAUGUGCGGCAGUUCUUGUCCUUCUCUGAUUGGUCAAAAGAUAAUUGAUCAUUAUAGAGAUGGGCUUUGUGUCACACGACAGUACAAGUCUGCUUUUUCUUCUCCAGCUGGCUUGGUGCUUUAAUGGGCAGCCUUAUUAUUUUUAUAUGUAAAUCAUAACACAAUGCUCACGACACUUGCACUAAUAUAAGACACCAUCUUAACAGAGAGCUGCAAAGCCAAAUUAAACUAAAUGUGCCUUUAACUAACUGUUCUCUUGUUACCUCAUCAAUGGUUUAUUAUAUUACAGAGAUAGAAAGAGGCAUUGUCAUUUCCAGUGGCAGGAGGAUGAAUCGUCCCAUUAUGAAGUUUUAAUGAUAAACUCACAAUCUGACCCUUGCUGUGACUCUUCAUUUUCAGUGAAAUCGCAGGAACAUCAGAGGAAGUCAAAGGAUAGAGAGAGAGAGAGACUGGCUGGCCUAUGUAAUUUCAUAAAAAUGAUAAUAUAGCUCUCGGGCAGAGUAAAUGAGUUUAGUCGAAACCUCUCAUCUCAAAGAGGCACAUUUGCAUGUUGAUGUUAUCACUUGUUGGUAUCAAGUGUCUCUAUUGCAAACACUUGUUAUGUUUUAUUAUAUUGAGUGUGGAUGCAUGAGAGGAGGAGCUCUCUAGUGUUGCACAGGUGAAAACUGGAGACUUUCUCUAUUUACAUAAUUUAUUAAAAUAAUGACUCAAUCUUCAGUAGUCCAUCAGUAUGAAAAGAAAUAAUUCCAACACUGUGAGUACCAUGAUUUGCUCGAGGUUGCAUGGUGUUUUAUGAAGAGGAUGAUAAUGUUGUUGCUGAUGCUUUGGUGGUGGUGAUAAUAUAUAUUUAUAUUUAAAAUUGCUCCUAAACUUCUCCAUAAAUAUCAUGAAAAUAUCAUUACUGUGAUUUUUUUUUUUUUUUUUUGCCACAGUAAUCAUGAAGUGAAAAUCUGAUAUCAUGACAGCCCUAAUCUGUGUGGAUGCUCUGCUGCUCCUGGCAACAACUUUCCCAUUUCACAUUUACUUACGGUUAUUCAUAUAGAAACGAUAAUCCACUGUGCAAAUGAGCUGGAAGAGAUGAAACUGUGGAGUAAAAGAGGCAAAUACUUUACCUCUUUCAUGCUAUAUGCAGAAGUGGAUGGAUGAAGUGGGGAAGUGAAGUGGAGAGUUGUGGGGAAUUGGUGCAGACUAAAUCUACAUUAGAUUGAUCUUUCAGGGAUGAACUGUGAAGAGGGGAUAUUUGACGCCUCACUUUUUGUUCAAAUGUGUCAAACAAGCUUCAGACUUGAUCCUGCUUUGGUAGAUCUACAAUUCAAACCAGUUUUAUGAUUCAAGAAUAUGCGUGUGGUCUGUACGUUCUUCUCAAGCUUCCUGAAUAAAUGGAAAAUUGGAAUUUUAAUCAAGCCAAGGGGGCUUUAUCAGACCUCCUGGGAUUAAUAGACUCAAGGUUCAUCAGGUUGCAUUUCCAGGUAGAAUACAUGAAUGAGUUUUUUAAGACUACUAGCAGUUUGACUGACAAAAGCCUGUUAUCCCUGAGGGGCAUAAUGAGAUUUCCCGGUCAACACAGGUUUGAAAAUGAACUUAUGCUGCUGAAAUCCUCCUUUAGCCACAAGGCUGGUGACUUAAGCUGAGCUACCUCAAAGCAAAAAGAGAGACGUUUCUGUUCCCUCCACAAGCACAGCCUUAACCCUGUUUCUAUCACAUUAACUCACAGAAGAAGUGCUGCUUUUUGUUCCUGUGACAGCAGGGACUCUUGGGGGUUUGUAAAUCAAGACACUGAAGGUAUCUGACAGUCCAAAGUGAUUCAGCACCUGUGUCAACUUUGUAGACAAGUCCACCACUCACACAAUUUGGAGGCAAAUGUGCCUCAGCUGGCUCAGUGAAUGAAGACAGAGGCUGUGCUGCUGGAGGCUGCUCUCCUGCUGAGUUUGGCCAAUAACACCGUGAAACCGAGAUAAUUAUGCGAAAUCUACAAAAGGAUUAAAUCCAUUAAGAAUUCAUUCUGCUGUGAUUAUCUUAUAAAUCUCCUGCUUUGCUGAAAAAAAAAUCCAAUAAGUCCAACCACUUUUUUCUAGAUUAUUAUUCAUACACACAGCAAUAAUACCUUUAAUAUUUGGCUAAUUUAAGUCUUAAAAUUCAGUUCAAUAUCAAGCAUGGACACACUGUGAACUGAUCAAUGCUACCUGCUCAGUUUUUUUUUAAUGUGUCAUCCUCUAAUCUCAGGUUUUUGUUGAAAACCAGUUUUCACACCCACCGUCUAUACAUAGCUUUUCUGCAACACACAUGUAGGCACACAUACUGUUAAUACACACCCAUGUUUGACUACCAACACUCAUAUGUGCCUUUGUAUGGGCACAGUAUGUGUAAUUGUUUCUCAGGCUCCAGGUACAGGUAAGUUUUUACGCACACCUCUCUUCCCGACCCUCUGCCGGCUAGUGCACAUUGCAGACAAGAACAGGAGAUGAUGUUAAAAAAGCUUUCCCCAUUUUUUACUCCACAGUUUCACGGUCAAUUUAUUCCCCAGUAGACCAGAGCUGAGUAAAAAAAAUGCAGACAGUGUCUCUGGUUUUGCUGCAGGUCAGAAAAAAAAGGUGAAGAAAGUUUCUUUUCGGAGAAGUAGACAUCCAUCACAAAGUUAGCGUAGAGAAAACAUUUAUUUUGUGACUGGAAAUGAAAAUUCAUCACAAAACAGACAAACUCUCAUGUCACUUAAAAAAGAUUGAGCUUUAACACCCUUGCCUUCCUCUCUUUCAGUCCGUAUAGGCUGACUGAUUCAGAUUUCGAGCAUGCAGUGAUAUGUUAAAGGUAGACUGCUGACCUUGUCUUGUAAUUACAUCGAAAAUCUUUACCACAUUAUGUGCUCUCCAUUACAUUUACCUACAUGGCCUGUUGCACAAAGGUAUAAUGUACAAUGACAGAACAUUGGCAUAUAACAAGAUGUUUUCUUUUUUAAUAAUAUUUACUCUGUGACCUCCUUUGGUGUGUGUCAGACGUUUUUCCAUCACUACCAGGAGACAGUGACCGAGGUCAGAUAAGUCAUAACAAAUUUAACAGCAAAGAGAGAAAAGGUUGUAUUUGAAAUUGUAUUAAAGUGAUAAAUUUCUUUCACUUUUUGGUUCAUUUAAAGUGUGCUCAGAACAUUCAAUACAUUAACAUAUUGACCCACGUCAGCCUUUUGUCCAGAUUUUUACUUUUUGUACACAGGGUUGGCUUAAAGCAGUGGUUCUCAAGUCCAGUCCUCGAGGCCCACUGUCCUGCUCCAACACACCUGAUUCAAAUGAUCAGCUCGUUAUCAAGCUCUGUAAUGGCUUAAUAACGAGCUAGUCAUUUGAAUCAGGUGUGUUGGAGCAGGGAAACAUCCAAAACAUGCAGGAUGGGAGGGGGGCUCAAGAACUGGACUUGAGAACCACUGGCUUAAAGUAUGCGUGUGCACACAUGCCACAUAGAGUAUACAUCAACAUUUCUGGUUAUUUAGAGUUGCAGCAAAGAAAUCCUCUGUAAUACAUAAUUUUAAACAGUAUCUCCACGGGACUCUGUAUUGAUUCCAACAAAAUGUGUGAUGUUCAAUGUCACAAAAGCUCCCAGCAGGCGGUUACAACACAACAAGCCUCGCAAGUUUAUUUGCUUGCAAAUCCAGCCUCUUGCAGGGCUGCUGACAAAUCACAAGUUAGGAUUAUGGGAUGGAGGCCAACCCCUGGAGAUGCUCUGCCUAGAUUUGAGCAUGAACCACAGCCCAAAAAAUCGAAGUGAACAAAAGUCUUGUCACUUAAACAGUAUUGUUCUUGCAUUGAUCAUUAAUAUUAUAUUCCGUCCAAAAUGAAAAAAACAAACUUGUCUUUGGUUUCAAACUGAAUAAACUAAUAUGUCAAAGAAAAGACAAUUACUUAAAAUCAUCUCUUCAAAAUUAUCAGCUAGAGAAAGUUUUAAAAAAAUUACGCUCUGCCAAAAGCCUCAUCUUUAAAUAAUCAAAAAAAUAAGCCCUAAAAGAUCAAUUUCCUUUGUACUCAGUAUCAUUUAAAUCUAGUUAGACUGAAGCAGCAUGAGGCUGAAGCAAAACAAUCAUUUCUGCAUAACAAUCUUUUCCGAUAGCAGACAUUUUUUGUCAUCCCUAAUCAGUCAAAGCUAUUUGGUUCUUGAUACUGUCCACUGUACACAAUCCUCUCGCUGAAAGCACCAGAACAAUCUCUCUAUAAUCCUCAGAUCUACUUUGUAAUCUUUGGCCCUGACUAAUGGGCAUAGGAAUUAGAAACUUGCCCACAUCCCACCUCUCUCUAACCCGGGAAAAAAGUUGACCAAAAGCGCAUCAUGGAGCUACAAGCAAACGCGCCUGAUUAGAGCCAAAUGCAGACAAACCAGCGGCUUAUUAACAUUGAUGAUUUAUGUCAGCAUGCAGGCGAGUCCAUGCAUAAUGAGGUCAGAGUAAAGGCUUUGGUAAACAACACUUAGCUGGAUCUCUGCACUCACAGCCUUCUCUAAUUAUACUGAAACUCUUUAGGUGGUGUCUGAACUCUUGUGUUUGUUAAUGUACUGUAGAUGGAGGUCCUGUGGGUAUUUGGUUCAGAUGUGUGACCACAAAUUGUCAGUUUGUAGGAAGUGUAAUUUCAGUCUCAUUGCUCCAGUAGCGAAGAGUCGGCUGGAUUUUAGCACCUAGGAUCUUCCAAAGCAUGAUGGAGGUUGUGCUUUAGCAGAGAUGGCGUGCCACUGCUUUGAAUCCCUUCCCCUGAGGGUGCCUGUGUCUCUGCAGUAGUAGCUGCAGUAAUACUCUGAACGUAGGGUCAUGGACAACAAAGAGAGGAGAGGUAAUGUUCAGUCAGUUUCUCUUAGGAACCAGUACAGUAAACAAAAAUAGAAGAGGAGAUACAUGAGCAUCAUUUGCGUCUCUCCUGCAGCACGGCUCUACCCACUAUCACAGACAUUCAGAGAUAAUAACACAGAGCUGGACGAUUUGCUCCCGUUCAAUAGUCAUCUUAGCGUGCCCUCAUUCUCCCUUCAAAGGGCACUUCAGUGUUGCUUUGUGUCUCUGAUUAAUUAAGUGAACAUCGACCUGCCACCUUCAUUAGACCGAAAUACACCUUUGUUGUGAGAAGAAACAGUACAGAAUCAAAGCGGUGUGUUUCAUAACGAAGAAAUAUAAAGCCAUAUGGAUAAUCACAAGGCAAUACAAUUAGCCAGCUAAACCCAUCAGCUAUUCUCUAAUGACAAUGGAUGCCUCUGGGGGACUUCUUAGCUACUUCCCCCCACAAACAUGAUAAAUGGGUCUUGGGUCAUCACGUCCCUCAGAGUUGCCCCUGUCCCUCUUUUUUUUUUUUUAGCCUCAGUGCUUUUAUCUUGAAGAACACACUACUUCCUGAAGAUCGUAAGUUACAGAAAUACUGUCAAUAUCAAUAUUUCAUGUCUUGAUAAAGACUGUUUCCGACAAUCCUACCACAGAGGGGUUACUACAUUUUUAUCCAGAAUCUGUAAAUGCAUUUGAUAAAAUGUUUUCCGGCCUUUCUCACUGGAUGGACUGAUAACAUCUGUAAUUUCUGUAAAGAGAGCAAAGAAUUUCAUGAGAGGUGCUUUUCUGUGGCUGUUGGCAAACAAAUGCAUGAUUUAAAGAUGUGAUACUGUAACCUGCUCUGAAGGACACAAGAGAUUACAGGAGACAUACAGGAGCAUACCAUCAUCACCAUGAUGUAUGUGUCCUACACUGCUCACAGUUCGGUUCUACUGUGUUGUUGCUCCUCAUGAAAUGUUUAUAUUCAGCACAUCUUGUAACAUCAUGCCUUCAGUGUACAAUGUUUGAAAUGCAGGGGUUGAUUAGAUAUUCAGUAAAUAUGGAUAAAACUGUGUUAUUAGUUCGCAGAUGACUCCAGUUACAUGCCCUUGAGUGGUACAAGGAAAUAUUUCAUGUUCACAUGAUGAAAAACUCCACAGCUUCCAUUUAAACCGAUGAGCGCUGUAAGCCUCCUGGCUGUCCUCGAACCAAACCUCAAUUUCCAAGCAGGUUUUUUUAAUCAUUUCUCUCCCUGUUCUCUUGUUUUCUUCAGCUGCUGCCCUUGGCAACCUGGUGUCUGAUCUGGCAGGACUAGGGUAAGAAAUUCACUCAGAACCACAGCCGCACAUGCAUACAUGAACACAAGGGUAGUCACAGACAAGCACACAUGCUAUAUGGUAUUUCAGGUUACUGUAAAUCAUGGCAGUUUCAUUAGGAAACACUUCAGUGUUUUAAAAGUAAUAACCUUAAAUGAUGCAUGGUCAAAAAAGAUCAGCUUUUACUUAGAUUGUUAGAGUGACAGUGUUUUCUUGGUCUCAGGUUCACACUAAUUAUCACAAAGUCAUGGUCUGUUUCACUCUGUAGACGUCAUGGUUCCAAUUCCAGUUCAUUUUAUGAAGGCCAGCUUAUUGCUUUAGUUGUUAUUGAAUUCAGCACAAUAGAUGACGAGAACCAUGAACAGCCACCAGAGGUUUGUCCCCCAGAACAAAGUAGACUGUGGACACGCAAAGCAUUUAAAGAGAGAGCAAGAAAACUACUUAAAAUUCAACGUACGCGAGUGGUUAAAUGAAAUCAAAACAGUCUGAAAAAGUGUGUGUGAAUGAAAAGGGAUAAAAACGGCUGAGUUGGAUCUGCUGUUCCUCAAGUGAACAAAUUUAGAUUAAAGCUUGAAUUAGAUUAGUUGGAAUAAAGGAGGGACACACCGGCUCUUUUAUCAUUUAGCUUAAUUUAAAAACUACAAUAAGACAUAACUGAAUAAAUGACCGUGCACCGUUGUUUUUUAAAUGAGAACAUAAUGAUCCAUGAGAAGUAAAGGCUUUUUACUGCAUAAAAAUGGAUGUGUCUUAGUGUCUUGCUAAGUGAUUAUAAAUUUUUAUCCUGUUUAAUCAACUGAAUUAUGACUCUUAUCCAGUCCAGAGCCUCCUAGUGGCUGAAGGAACAAUAAUCAGCCUCCUAACCUGCUUCAGCGCUUGUUGAAUAAUAAAAAAGAGGCCUGCAGCUGUGUUCCACCAGCUGUUCGUUCUAUUUCAGCGAUUAUUAGUGAUAUGAGAGAUUAUUAAUCCCUCUCAUGAAGAUACAUAGUGAGUCAGCAGAACAGAUGUGGUAAUAAUCAGACUGCAGAGACCGCGCUGGUGUUAUUAUGCUGUGAGUAGACAGUUAUGUAUGUCGAAAGAGGAGCUGCUUCUUUAGUUAUAGCUGGUGGGGACCUGGAUAAAAGGAUGCCCUGUUAGUGUGACGUAUUAGCUGAGCUGUUCAGCAGACACACACACACACACAGUUUGUCCCUGAGUGCGUUGUGUGUUUGUGUUUGCCACUCAAUCAUAAUUGAAUUGUGGGGCCCUUGUGACCAGUUUGUCAAGGUGAGACGAGAUUAGACCAGACAAGAGAGGGUGGAUUUUUUCGUGCAAAAAUCUAUUGAUGGAUGAACACCGUUGAGAGUGAAGGCUGUUUGUCUGGUGUGGCGUCUCAGAGUUACUCCUGCAGGUGUUGUUCACUGCAACAAAUACCGUAUUAGGAUGUUCCCUCCAGUGAUAAGAGGCUUGAAUGCAAACAUGGAUAAGCUUUUUCCCUUAGAUUACUUUGGGAGUUUGCUGCAUUUUAGUGGCAGUUAAGAGCUGAGAGGAGGCUCGGUGGUGGACUCACUGUUUGAUUUUGAGCAGAAGAUGGAUUAAAAGGGAAUGUAAAAUACCACUGUUCUGUUUAUGAUGGUUUUAGAUCCACACUGGACAAUUUUAGAAUCAGCUAUACUGGAACCAUUAAUGUUUUUUUUUUUAUCUAUUUUACCCCAGUAGAGGCAUGAGGUGUUAGUGCUGCACCAAAAAGUCUUACUCUUAUGCAGUCACCUUUUCCUAAGGAUGAAUAACUUAUGAAUACCAUAUAUAAUGAACCUGAGUUGCUGUUAUAGUCUAUGACAGUCAAAAUGUAGUGAUGUGCAUGUUUGCCAUCAAGAUAAAUCAGAAAAGCUUGCAAUAUUCCUUUUAAUUCAGGUAAAAGUGACAUACUAUUUAUUUAAACCAAACAUUUGCUGAUACCGAAAUUUCCAAUAAUAAGCAAUGUCAUUUUGCCCAUGUCAAUGUAUUCAGUGUCAAAAAAAUAAAUAAAUAAAAGUUGGUUUUGGAUGUGUGUAGGUAGGCUACGGUCUCAUGUGCCUUUACGACACUGUCCUACGUCAGAGACUUGACUCCCCCCCAUCCAGUCCAUACAAAGAGGGAAAGACAGGUGAGGAGAUGGAGGACGGUUCAAAAGUUUUAGCGGCUGGAGCAGCGAAUGAAGUAGACGAAGAUAAUGUGGGAGGGGGUGAGCAGCUUGUGAAGUAGUUAUCGUCCAUUUAUUGUUACCGAGGUGAACUGCUCAAUAAAUCGUAAUAUUGAUUCUUAAACUGCUGUCCUAUCCAUUGGCUAAAAUACUACUGAACCCACUGACUGAUGUAGCUGUAGUAUAAUCUUCACAUAUUUAGAUAAUCAGAGAUGUGAUUCUGUCUUUGUUGCCGUGAUUUGUUGUAUUUUUACUGAAGUCGGCUUUAAUUCCACUAUUAAAUUUCCACACAACAGUUCAUUCGGAUGCGGUAGAGAUAUCAGCAUAAUAAUGUUCAAUGUUUUUCAGUUUGUUUAAUGGGGCCAGAUAAAAGCUGAAAUAUUCCUUGGAGGCCAAAUCAGUCACUUUAAAUAAAGAUGACUUUGAGUAAAGAUUUCCUGUUUGUUUUUUUUUUCUGUUAUUACUUAAUGUUGUCUCUGCCUCUGUAAUAAGAACUGAUGGAAAAAGACCAGAGAACUCCCAGUGACCGUCAGAGGCACCAGCUUCUCUGCAGUGCUGUUAUUUUCUCAGUCAUGUAAUCGAACGGUACAAAUAGAUGUAGCUGUCAGUGCGGCAUGCUCCUCUGGAGUCUUUUUGUCAAUAUUGUAGAGAUUAUGUUGCACUGAUUGUUUACAAAUCCUCCCAGUGCACGUCUGUUUCUCUGCACAGUGGCUGAACUCCGCUGCUCUGUCUCUCCGCUUUUAAAUAACAUUCCUGAUACGUUUGUGUGUGCCAGUGCCUGUGGUUAGCAAUCUGUGCAACCAUAUCCAAGUAUGUGUGUGAACAUUCAUGCGUGAGGAUUCAUGCCUGUGUGAAUGUGUAAGACUUUCCUUUCUGCUUGUAAGUGUUUUGACAGACGAGGGAAAGCAGAUUAGCCUCAGUGAAGUCCCUUAUUCAAGUCAUGAGUCACUCAGACCGUUCCCUCUUCUGGCGCUGAAGCUCCUGCACUCAGUCUGCACUGCAAUUUAUGUCCCUUAUUGCGACAAUGCUCCAGUAACUUUCUGGGGCAGACAAAGUACCCAGUGAAGUUUUACUGCAUUCAGCUAAGUAAAAAGAGAGCAGGACAGAAAGUAAGAGAAAGGUUAACAGAGCUCUAAGGAGUAAAAAUGGCAUCCCAGAUUUGAUUCUGGACUCAUUUUUAACUGUAACACAUCCUGCUAUUAUAUCAUAUCUGUAGUAAUAACUUACUCCACACAGACCGAUUGAACUCUGUGUUGGAAGAAGAUGAAACAUAAUCUGAGAGCCUAUUUCAAAGAUAUCGGGUUGCUGAAUUUCACAUUUUAUUUCCGAUUGAGUCGAAGGAUUAAAAAUAAUGAGUCUGCAUUCAUCUCCAUAAGAAACAGCUUGGCUUGACUCCCUAUAAGGAGGUUUGAAGCUCAGUAUUUGUCAGAGAAUAGACAGGAGUCACUGUUUUUGCCAAAGAAUUCAUCAGCAGGGCAUAUGCUUGUUAAAACUGUGGCAUAAUUGCUGUUUAUCCUGCCAAGGGUUGUUGUUUAUAAUAGCACACUAACCGCCCAUCCCCAGCAUCUACUGCAGCUCAUUUGUGACUGUAGCAUCUUGUUCCUUGUGGGGUUUAUCUUUUCAUCUGGUUUGCCUUCUGUAUUUAACAGGUUCUUGAAUAUUGGCACUAAUAUGUGGGUAGCUGGGGCUUUUGAAAACAUAACAUUAUUUCCCUGACUUAAAAGCCACGCUGAUAAUGCUAAUGGAUUGUGCAUAGUCUUGGCUGCAGAUGGACACUCUGUUUGCUCGCCCCUUAUGGAGCAUAUUUGGAUCCAGUCUUCAGUCUGGUUCUUACAUGGUGGCUCUCUUGGUCAGAGAAUUUGUCCAAGGCCUUUCUCUGCUUUCAGUGGAUUUCAUCAUGACAGUGUGUGCAUGCUGAAGGUGUUUUAUGUUCUGAAGCUGCAGACCCAUUGAGGAGCCUCCUGCUGUUGCAAGUGUGCGAAAUGUUUGGACCUGAUUUUUUUCUCUGAGCCACUAAACUAGAGGCUCAAUUCUGCCCCCUGUUGCCCUCAUGUAAGCAAUCAAUAGAACUCAUAUGCACCAUGCAACAAGCAUCAUGCCUCAUAAUCGUUUUCCAUGCCCUCAUAUGUGAUUUCUAAACCUGAAAAAAGUUUUCACUCCUAAAUUUUUUCUGUAAGUACUCUCUCUACUUAAAAAAAAGCCUUCCUGGCACAUGCUUGCUCCCUCUGCUUCUCCCCUUAUCUUCCUCCCCAAUACUCUACCUGCUACUUAUCUCUCCCCUGACUCGACAGCUCCAGCUGCAGCCCAUCUGUGUGUGCAGUGAACUGCAGAUCCAUUAGCGCUACUGACUGGGCCACACCUGAGUUUAAAAAAUACUGUAUGUUGGCCUGAAUUUCUUUCACAACACUAAAUCUGCCUUUCAGGUUCAUUGUCUCUCUUUAUCAUAAUGCUAAAAACUGGGUAGCAUCCCACAUUUUCUGUUAGCGUCAUUUUUAGCAGCAUAAAACACAUCUCUGAAGCACUGUUAAAAACUUAAGGGUGCUGGUUUAACUCUAGUAGUAGAGCAGUCUCCUCGUGUAUAGGUAAUGUAGCUUUAAUCAUACCACUUGUUGUCAGUUUCAACAUGAUUUAAUGCAUAUUAUUCCCCACUCUGUACCUAUAUUUCUCCCACAUUUGUUGAUAAAAUACGGUUUUAAUGGCCCUGAAUAUGCGUGUGGUUGUAUCAUAAAUAUAUGGUUUACAUGUUGCAUAAACUCAAACAAAGUCUUUUGAAAUCAAGAUAAUUAUCAAACUGCCCACUUUGAUAAUUGUAUGUGAAUCUGAUUCCAGUUUCUAUAAGUUUAUAAAACUUAAUCCUCCAUUUGGAAUAAACCAAAUCAUUUAGUUUUUUCUGUUUUUCUUUUCAUUUAAUUUGGUAUGUAUUUGAUGUCUGUCUGCAUUAUUAUAACUUUGCUUUUACCUUCAAAAAUACACAUUUUAAUUUUAUAUAUAUUUAUAAGAAAAUCAAAGUACAGUAUACUAAUGUGCCAUAGUACAUUUACGUCCAGCUGACUCAGUUUAUGUUUCUAUACAGUAUUGUUGUCUCAUAUACAUUAUGCAGGUAUAAAUACAAAAAUAUCACUUGAUAGGAACCAACAAAACAAGUUGCACAACUUAACAAGGACAUGACUGUUGCUAAGCAACCCAAAUUUUCUUUGACUAGUGAAUUUGUAAUAAUUACAUGUAUCUGUAUGUUUCAGUGUAUCACAAUGACAUGAGAUUCUGUUCAUUGUUUCUUCAGAGGUGGAGCGAUACAUGCAGUGAAAUGUUGUAGUGGUGUUGUCCAAUCAGAUUACUCCACCAGAGCUGAUGUGUUACUGACUAGAAAUGUGACCAACAGUUCAAUGUUUUUUCUCCUAAACAUCUGUGCAUGUUUGUGUAAAAGUGUAACCUCGUUAAGAGUGUUUCUUUUUUAACAAUAUUUUAAUUUCAUUUUCAUAUGACACACCGGGACAAUGACAAAAAAAACAACAAAACAAAAGCUAAAUUAAAGAAUCACAAACCACCAAUAACCAACAAACGCACUCAACCUCACUGUAUUCACCUCUCUUUAAUCUCUUCCUCUUAAAUGAGGAAACGUCAGCUAAAAAAGUAUGACACACUAAUACCUUAUUUAUACACAUCUGUUACUCCAACCUCUUGUAUUCGUACCUUUUUUUCCCUCACAAAUUAAAUCUCUGUUUACAGAUUUAUCAAUGAAUUAUUCAUCAAUGAAUAAAAAAAGAUUAAAAGGACAUUUUGAACAAAACUGGACAAUACACACCUUUGCCACCUGUUAUGCUCAUUUGACUUUUCCUGGAUAACUUUAAACCAGGACACUCAGAUACAGUCACCGUACUGAUACACAUGCACACUAGUUCAUCUCGAGCUGAUGGUUCUAUUGUCAGAAAAAUAUCCAAAGUUUGAGGAACAGAAAGUUAGAACUUUGAAUACGAAUCAGUUACACAGACUCAUGUUUACACGUAGAGAUAUUCCUUUCUCUGCACCAGUCAAAACACUAAAAAGUUUUUGUGUUGUUGUCUUUGAUAAUGAUUGAAAAGAAAAAUCAUCAUGUGCUCCAGCCUGUCUUUGUUCUGCCAUCAGUGUAAAUCACAGAGAGGGUGCUGGUAAUGACUUCAUUUACUUACACAGGCGGUUCUCUCUUUCUCUCUCUCUCUCUGUCUCUCUUUCUCUCUCUCUCCCUCUCUCUCUUAUUAGAGUUGAUAUUUGACAUCCUGCUGGUUUAUGAUAAAUGGCAGACACACAGAGAACCAUCAUGUACUGAUUUGUUUUGUUUUGGUUAUCAAUUACUUCGAUCGUUUGCAUUGUUGCACUGCGUGUUGCUCCUGUUGGCUGCGCAAUGAAUCAUGACUUGGGAUGCUGCGAAACAACUAAAAGAGGCUAUUAUCAGAAAAUGGAACAAAACAAACAUGAAUAAGUUAUUGUAAAUUUGAUUUACACAAAUUACAGACUGAAAGUUUGAUAAAACACAUUCUUUAUUUGCCUGACAGCUGGUGUGCAACAUUUGUUGGAGUUGGGUUUUUUCAUAAAUCACCAUGGACUAAGGAACAAAAAAAAAAAUCAAAAUAUUGUUACAUUGGUGAUAUUUUUCAUCUAUGUGAGCACAUAACCCACAAGUGGAGUCUUGGACUGAUUCUUAUGUCUCUGUUGCUGACCUUAAUGUGGACCAAAUGUCUCUACUCUUCCUCCACUGAAGCCCGGUGUUGUGAAAGGUCAGAGACAGAUUAAUUUGUUUACUUGGUGCUGAAAGGAUGCUUUAUCUUCUGCUCCUGGAAGCCUCUUUAACAGGAUUCGAUUGAAAGUUCUUCACAGCUUCAGCUCGCUUUUAAAGUAAGUUUCUGUUUUCUCUCUCCUGUCUCUUCUCCUCUCUAGGCUGGCAGGCUACGUGGAGGCUUUGGCGUCUCGGCUGGGGAUGCAGAUCCCUGACUUAAGCCCCAAACAGGCUGAUAUGUGGCAGACCAGAGUCAGCUCUCACUCGGUUGGUAAUCUCGUAUAACACGUCCCUAAACACCCAAUAUCUAUAUGGAAAAACAAUCCUAUCUGACUAAUUCAUGCAAUCAGAGUGAAAAUUAAUCAACCUGUUGUUAUUAAAGGAUCAUGUUUGUUGUAUAUACUGCAUCUCAAACAUAAAACCAGGCAGCUCAUGUCUCUACCAUGUGCACUCUCCACCUCUGUUAUUGCACAGGAAAAUUACACCUGAAUGAUUUUUAAUAUACUCCAAAGACUCAAGUGUGAAAUGUAAUUAGUUUUAAUCAGAUUGAGUGAUUAGUUGAGUUGAAGUGAAAAGCUCUCAGCUGACUGGAAAGUCUUCAGUAAAAGACCAACGGCUGCUAUUACACCAGAGGCAUGUCCAAUAUAACAAAAAUUAUAGCCUAGUUGUGAUUAUGCAUUGCUAAAAUAAAACCAGUCACACUAGAAAUAUAGAGUUACACAUUCCCAACUGUAGGGGUAAUUACUUGUCUAAUGUCUAAUGUGGUAACUAAGUAAAUUAUUUCAACGCAGCCAGCUGCAGUUAACCAGAUAAGUUACUGUCGUCACGUUCAUAAUUUAUUAACAUCCUUCUCCAAUCUUUAGUAGUUAUCAUUAUUCAGAAUUAUUAGCUAACCUCGUUUUCAAAUCAGCUCACUAAUCUUCACUUAAAACGGCAUAUUUUCAGGGUUUUUUAAGGAUUUUUUUCUGCCUCUUGACAUCUAUUAGUCAAACCUAUUAAAUCUAUUCAUCAAACCUAUCUCUAGCAUUCCUUCUUAGACCUUUUAGUGCUUUUCAACCAAAAGAACACAUAAUUUUUAGUUUCGGGGACUUCUCUUUGAAAAACAAAAUCGUUCCUUUGGCCUGUUGUUGUCUGCCUUUCUACUGCAGCAUUAAGAACUGGGAUAACUUAACGAAUCACACCAAUAGCAUCCUGGGAUGGUUAUUCGGAAAGUUACCGGAAAGAAGCUGCACAGCUCUUUGAGUCUCUGCUGAUAUUGUUUGUUUUUUUGGCAAAAAAAACAAGGGGUCAGUUUUUUACCUUAGAAUUAAAUGUAGUUCCUAGUACCUGACCUGCAGUUGAAACGCAAAGUUCCUGUGCAAAGUUCCUAUGGUUGAAAAGCUUGAUGCAUAUAGAUGCCCAUUUCCCACCUGUAGAGUAAAUUCACAUAUUUUUGACCUGGUGCUACAAAUGCAGGCCAGAGUCAGGAUAAGGUAAAAUGAUGCAGAACAAGAGGGGCUUAGUAUUGCUCAUGUAUUUCUUUAUUUGUUCACUUGUUUAUUUUCAAGAUAAAAUGUGAGAAAGGGGAGAUUUUGAAUGGUUUGAAUUGAUUUGAUAUUUUUAGUGUGAGAGAGCGAUCACUCUCCAGCAUGUGGCGCUGUAUAUAAAGACACCGUUUUUAUGGUGAAUAUAAAUAGCCAGCCCUUUCCUUCAGACUCACAAAGAUGAUGUUUUAUAACUUGUGUGCUUUUUUUUGUCUUGAGAAUACAAACUGUUAUCUUACCACAUAAGAUUCACUCUUUGCUUCAACGUUCUUAUCUGACAACAUUAAAAGCAUAUUAGGUCUCUUAUAGGCAUCUUAUAGCACUGUAGGCAUACAGUAGAAUGUAUUUAUGAAAAGAUUUGGUCCAUGAAAAAUUUCCCCCGGCUUUGUUAUAAGGCCCAGGAAAAACCAAUAAAAGGAUUAUUUAUAAGAAAAAGAAAAGUAAACCAGGAAAAACCUGCCUGUCAAGUCACUUGUAAGAGGUUUACUUGCUGGUAAAAAGGCUUUAAAGCUGCUCUUUGUUUUUUGUGAUUACUCAAAUGUAAUUUCUUUCAAACCCGUUUCACACAAUUGUUUUCUUUCUCCCUUUUCCUUCCCUCUGUGCAGGGUAAAGCCAUCGGUGUUGGCAUCGGCUGCAUCCUUGGCAUGUUUCCUCUCCUAUUCUUCAAGGACGACGAUGAGAAAAAAGAGGGCCAGAAGGAAGGGAAGGAGAAGUCGCAACCACCACCUGCUCCGACAGAGAGUAGCAAAAACUAAAAUGAACCACCUCUCUGGAGACAGUUACUGUUCUGAACCUGUUCAAAGAUUUGACACUGAGGCUGGCUGUGUCUGUUGGACUGGAGUAUAGCUAUGGAAAUGUCACCGAACCUUCAAAAGUGUUCUCCCCAGGAUAUUAGUUAUUGUUUGAUUGUAGACUCUGAACCGAAGCACAGAGACCUGAAGAGGCGGAUGAUUCACUGGACUGCUGCUACUCCGACUCUCGCACCGUAACCUCUCUUUGUUUGACUGACCGACAUGGGCUGAAACUCAUUUCCCGAAAGCACUCUGCAGUGGCCUCUCUUCUGCUAUGUACCCUAUGUCAGGAAAAAGUAAUAGAUGUUUUGAGGGCUCCCUAAUAUUGUCACUACAAACUUUGCAACAUAGGAAAAAAAAAACACUAAGAGUUCAUUUAGAACAAAAUAACAAAACUAACAGAUGGCAGUUUUUUAGGGUUUAUUAAACAUCGUCAGAAAUUGUGAUACAAGAGGAAAACUGGAUGGCGAGGGAUAUUACUAGCUUGUUUCGUCAGUGUUAAAAAUCACCCUUUAAAAAAAUUAAAUUGAUCAUUGUAAGGGUUAAAGGUAAAGGGUUACAUUUGCAUUUGCAGAUGUGCCCUGUUACAUCAUCAUUCCUCAGUUGAACAAGCAUGCCUGCUUUUUGAUGAUUUUAGUCUUAAAAGUCUUGCUGGCCUGCCUCAGUUACAGUCCAAAUGUUACCCUUGCUAGCUGCUUUUUUUGAUUUUUAUAUAUAUUUUUUAAUUAUUAUCUGUAUAUGGUAUGUUGUUAUGCUUUCUAAUUAUCUCCCAAAGCAGUAAAGAGUCUCAAAAAUAUACUGUAUGUAGCUCGCUGGAUGCACUUCAACAAAAUCCAGCAUUUUAAGAAAAAUUGUAACUUUCCUCUAAGAGUUGUGCAGAAGGGAGAGAAAUAUGAGGAGUGUGAAUGAGGCAGAAAGAGAGAGACAGGGAGUAGAGGUAGAGUAAGCUACAGCAGAGGGAGGUAAAAUGCCAUGGUUGAACUGCCUGAGACCUCCUGCCCCCAUUCUCACAGACAGUUUGGAUGUCAUUAAUCUCCUCCUGUCCUGCAUCAGCUGAACUGCAGCCACACUACAAUACAUGUCUUCCUCAUGAGCGAACACCACACAUAAGCCAGUGCAGUCUGAAUCCUGGGAGUACUCAAUCCAGCGCACAAGAUAGAUUAGAUUUGACUGGAGGCUGAAUUCUUUGGAGAAGCUGUCUUUGUUUUAAUCCUUACACAUAAAGCUUCAUUUACUCUCACACCUGUAUGUGUAGAAUAUCCUCUGCUCUGCUGCCCUCCACAGGCAGACCCGUCUGUUUCAGCUCAUCUCUCAUCGUACUGUAAUUCAUGUGUUAAUCUGUUAAAUCGUCAUCUGUUUUUUACUUGUUAACACUCAAAUCUGGCUGCUUGGCUUUAUAAUUAAUCAGUAUUUGAUUAUUGUUAUUUAUCAUUGCUCCUCUUUGAGAUACAAUCAAGUCAAACUGCAGCAUCUGCUAACCAUCAAACAAAAACCCACAUGGGAUUGUGUUUGAUUUUCCCUCCAUUUUAACCGUCACUGAUUUUCCUCAUUUAUCUCCUGAAGAGUUUUGUUUGUCCCGUUUGGCACAGUUAUCUCAUCUCAUUAGCUGAACUGAAGGAUGUUUAUCACGGUGUUGAGAAGUUUAAAUGAAAGGCGAGAGCCAUGUGUUGCCUGAUGGAAUUUCAUUGGAGGAAAUCUUUUUGUUUUUAGUGUUAAAUCCAAACUUGUAUUCAUGUAUGUCGUCACUAAGUAGUCCCUACCCGAAAAAACAAGAUCCAAAAAAGAAGGACCUUUCAGCACAAAAGACCUCUUUCUCAUAUUUUCAACAUGAAUGACUCGCUGUUACAGACCAAAACUUCUCAAACAUGCUCUUAAAACUUGAAGUAUAAAGACUUAACUUGUAUAAGAUUGUUCUAAUGUGGACAACAGUGAUCCUUAACUGUAAUAAAAAUCAAUAAAGUGUACCAAGAGACUAUUAUGUAGAUAGGAUUUUUGAUCUGAUGGCUUGAGUUUCAUUCUGCAUGCACUGCUGAUAAAAAAAUGUAAUUGUACAUGUUUACUUUGUAAGGAUAAUAAAAGAAAAAUGAAGUAUGUUCUAAAAUAUUGCAUUGCAGGUUUAUAUGAAUCACUGCAAGUGAUAAUACAUGAGGUAAAAUGUAAAAAAAAAUAUGGUAAUAAAAAUAUUUUUGUGGCUGUUUAAAGCAAAAGCACAAACAAAA